UGGAGAAGGGCGAAAGCGGGCGGAGAGAGAUUGAGCGAACAUCGCCAACUUUGCUGCUGCCAUUUUCUCUCUUUUCCACGACACCCGAGAAGUCGCCCGCCUGGAUGCUACCCGACCGUCGCUCUUGCUGUGUCCGCUGGUUUCGGGUCUUGCAGUCCCUCGAUAUACCGAAAGAAAAACCCAAGCCUAGUUGAAUCUAGAACCCCCCAUUCCACCCGCAAACGAGCCUUGCACUGUUCUUUUUCCUCGCAAUCAAGUCACGAUAACAGCCAACGCACGGCAUAAAUACCAUCCUUUCUCUACCACCCGAACCCGGCAUUGACUGCCAUGGAGGACGACCCUCACAACACGUCCGAAGUUUUCGACGCAGUUGGCGCAGAAAGCCCGAAAGAGGACGCCGCGACCAAGGCGACUAGGGAGGAGCUCAAGCAUACCGUCAUAUCUGACGCCCCGGCCGACAUCGCGAUCUCGACAGCCAUGGACGAAGACAAGAGCGAUCGCGCACCCUCCGCAGGGCACAAGACCCCAGACCUGAAGCCCCCGAGCACCGCCGACAAGCUGAAGGAACAGGUCUCGUCCCCAAAGAAGAAGCGGGCCCACGACGAGGUGGAGGAGGGUCAGGAGUCCAGCGUGUCGCCAGCGCUAUCCGGGUCCUCGUCACCCCGGGACUCAAACGGCGCCAGCAGGGGAGAGAGGUUGGAGCCAGAGAAGAAAAGGGCACGCGACGAGCCAGAGGAGGAGACCAAGAAGCCAGUCGAACAGGCUUCUGCUGCUGCUGCCGCAAGCUCGACCGAGAACGCCGCAGACCCAGAGCCCAAAGAUGCCUCGAAGGCGUCUGCUUUAGCUACAGAGAAGGCCGAUGGCCAGCACGCUAUAUCGACAAGCGAAAAGGACGGGGCAACGACCAAGCCCGGGUCCACAGCUACCUCGACCUCGGCCUUUGCCAAAUCGGGGUUCGCGAAGCUCAGCGGCGCUGCCUCGCCGUUUGGCGCCCUGGGGGCUGGUGCUGUCAAGAGCAGCGGCUUUGGUGGUAGCUUGUCUAGCUCGCCGUCGCCCUUUGGCGCUCUCGGCACGGGACCAACUCCCGUAAAUACAGUGCCGAAGCUCACUUUUGCUACCCCGGCAGCUGACAAGUCUGGCCCGGCGGUAGCGGCAUCGCCCUUCGCUGCUCUCAACGGCGGGCCGUCCAAGACUUUUGGGAGCGCGUUUGGAAGUGGCUUCGGCAGCGGCUUUGGCGCCUCAAAGCUCACUAGCUUUGCGAAGCCAGGCGGGGAUCUCAAAGACGUCAAGCCUGCAAGGCCCUUUGGAGCGCCCGAGAGCGAUAACGAGGGGUCUAGUGAUGGAGGUGAGGACGACGAGGAACCCGAAACCGGCACCGAGGAGCCCGAGUCCGAGAAGGAGCCAGAGGAGCCGAAGCAAGCAACCGCCGCGGACGACAAGAAGAAGACCAAACUGCAAAAAGUCGUGGUUGAUGAUGGCGAGGCCGGCGAGACGACUGUCUUUGUAGCACGCGCCAAAGUGUACUACAUGGACUCGGAUGCAAAAGCCUGGAAAGAGAGAGGCGCGGGCAUUUUAAAAGUCAACGUCCCCGAGGCUACGGUUGACGCCGAUGACAACGGCGCCGUCAUCCCAGAGUCUUUCGAUGCAUCCAUGCUGCAAGGCGACCAAGACGGGGAGGACGCCGAGGCCGGCACCGCGACAACGGCAACUGGUCCCAAGGUUGUGCGACUGAUUAUGCGUCAAGACCACACCCACCGUGUCGUGGUCAACACGGCCGUCACCGGCGCCACCGACUUCGUUAAAAGGGAGAUGUUGAGAGCUGCCACGUUUGCAUUCAGCGCAGUCGAGGGCCCGGAAGCCAAGCGUGUGACGUUGCAAAUCAAGAUGUCCCCACCGAAUGCGGAACAGUUCCAUAAGGUCAUUGAGCUCAUCCAGAAGGAGCUAAAGAGCUUAGGCUGAAUCGAGGAUACGACACAUGGCGACACUACCUUUAUGCUUGCAAUGCGCCAUAAUCUUGGCGUCUGUCUGCCUGUCAGCUAAGCUAAUAACUGAGACUGCCUUGCUGCGGCGCAUGGAACCUGGCCUUUCACUCGGCCUCUGGCUAAUGAGCGGUGGACUAGUUAGCACCCCUUGAAGCUCGCACCAGCCAUGCUUGUUAUUCUUUGAUGUGACUGUAAUUCUCAACACCUCUGAGCCGGGCCAAGAAGCCGUGGACGAGCGCGGAAAUGGUUGGCCGGCUGUGGGCUUAGUGGACGCUGGCAUCGAGAUGUACGACAUGAAAGAGUCACGGCCAAAUUACCUAUGAUUUCCCACAGGUGCGGGUGGUUCUUUUUUCGGCGCCGGUAUGGUCCUAUUUGUUUUUGUAGAUGGGGGUGCUUGAUAUCCUGUUUUUGUUUUCUAUUGUCUCCUGGCCCCGGUGCCUCGGCGGCAGCGAAGGCCAGACAUGGCGUGGGUAUUUGAUUAAUGUAUUUGUGAAGGGUGCCUGGAGAAUAGACACAGCGUCCUCUUCCUUCCACGUUUAUACAUGGAUGAGUGUUUGGCGGGUGCCCAGUCAGGUAGUUAGCGCGGGACUAGGUAAAGGCAGGUGGUGACUUUCCAGGGGGAGCCGCACCGCCUUGCACGUGAUAGCGAGACAAUCUCGUGUUCCUGCGCGGGGGUUCGUCGCGGGUCGCCACUUUCUGUCCCGAUUCAUAUUCCCAUUUCCGUCGAGCUUGGUCCUGCUCAAUAGAGCACAUCGGGUUCCUAC